UUCUACUGCGCAUGUCUGCUUCACUAAAUAUUGGGUUCUGCGCAUGCGGCUCUAGUCACGUGACCAGAUGCUUUGUGAGCGCAAUUUCCAGGCCCUUGUACAUACUGUAUAAAGAGUUCUAAAGAUGGCUAGAGGAGGGGGGACCGGGUCCCGCACCAAACAAAAAAAGAAGUCUGAAACCCCACAGAACGGAACCGUUAACGGGCAAACAGAAUCUGAACAGAAACAAAUGAACAAACUUUCCAAACACAGAAAACAGAAGGAGGAAGCUCCUGCUGCUCCACAUAUAGAAGAUGAACCUGUCAAGGAGGAGAAGGUUUCAGUUAAACUUCAACCAACCAGUGAUCAGCUUAGGCUGGCUCAUCUCACACAAGACUCAACUCUGGAUCCUCAACAGAAGGGAAAGAUCAGUCAAGUGAUGGACUUCACGGGAAAAUCAGAGGAUGAAGUUGCUACAGCACUGUACGACUGCAGUUGGGACGCACAGAGAGCUAUAGAGAUGCUGCUGGAGGAAGGUGGAGAUCUUGGGAGUUGGGAGGAAACGGGUAAGAAGAAGAAAAAGAAAGCAGACAAGGAUGAGAAGGACACUAAAGAGAACGAGGACUGGGACAAUGACAAUUUUGAGCCUAGCUUGCGGCAGGACGGAGAUAACAGAGCAGUAAGAGGACGUGGUCCUCCUCGGUUUAAACGAGGCGGAGGUUUAGCUCCCGGAGGGAGUAGACAGGACGCGGAUCAAUGGAAGAACAAAGAGUUUGCCGAGAACGAACGAAAUUUUGAAAGUGGGCGGGGUCGAGGGGGUGGUAGAGGUUUAGGCCCACGGACCAGAGGAGGAAUGCCACCAAGAACGCGGGGUAGAGGAGGUGGACCACGACAGUUUGGUGGACCAGGAGGACCUGGACCUUCAGUGGGAGGAGUCACACCACCUGAUUCAGGACCUUUCGGACAAAUAGAUACUUGGGCACCAGUUGGGGAAGAGAACUCAAGGCGGGGGAAAAUGUCAAACAGAGAUGCCUUUGAUAAUGCUGGCAACUGGGGCGACGAUUUUCCUGCUGCUGAAGAUUGGGACAAUGAUGAAUAUACUGGGUCUUUAUCAGACAGCAAGGUAUUUACUCCGAGUGGGUCUACUGGUAAAAGUGCAGUUGGUGAACCCGUUGUUCCAGCUCCAGUGGGUACAAGUGCAAACAACAGUCUCAGCGGUGCUGCUUACGGUGCGUCUAUCGACCUAACAUCGUUGUUACAGAAACCAGUGACACCAGGUGGUUCCAGUGCGGCCCCUGGGGGCCCUACAGGCCCCCUUGGCACUUCUCUUAGUCAGUUCAACAAGGUGGCAACACAAGAUCUCAAGACUGCUAUAGGUAUAGGCGGACCAUCCGGUUCUAAAGUUGAAGGUUUAGCUCCGGGAUACGGUAGCUCAGCCCUUAGUUACUCCUCAGGAGGUUCCAGUCAGUUCUCAGCCGCUAACUCCGGUAGCAACACUUUCGGUAGCUCUGCUCCAGGUUCUGCAUUUAGUCCCAUCAAACCUGCGGCGGUUACAAACGGAACCACGGGAUCCAAAGCCUUACCGAGGGCAAGGUUGCCACCGCCGAGCAAAAUUCCAUCUUCUGCGGUAGAGAUGCCCGGAGACUCUUUAUCCAACCUGGAUGUUCAGUUUGGAGGGAUUGAUCUGCAAUUUGGAGCUAACAGUGAAUCUUCGUCGACAGUUGGCUCAGGGUUCGAUUUCUCCGGUGGAAGCGGACUCAGUUCUAGCACUAAAGAUUUGGAAGCCAAGUACAGUAUUCCGGUUUCAAGCACUGAUAAAUCUCUUGAUUUCAAGCCUGGCUCUUCUGCUGUCAAGGAUGUAAACCAAAGUCUGAGCAGUGCACUGUCUGCUGCUGGAAUUAAACCCAGUGGUAGCACUGAUUCUGUAGGGUAUCCCAGUAACCCUAGGGCUGAAAACAAAUCAAACUUUGCACCCCAAAGAUCCCCCGGACCCCAAGUAGAGAGGUCCAAACCCCCGGCUGUGACGGAUUCCUUGGGUGGAUACAACAAUUCUGGAUAUCCUUAUCAAUCCUCAAGUCAGUCCAAAUCUAACAAUCAAUAUGGACAUCAGAACAACCCAUACCAGAGUAACAGCAACUACGAGAGACAGAAUAGCUCCGGAUACUCAAGUACAAACGGUCUCAGCUCUAGCUCCUAUAGCGGAAGUGUGGGUGGGUCCGGAUACAACAGUUCCAGCGCUACUCCCAACAGCAACAACUACUCCUCGUCAACGACUAACAACGGUAGUUUGUCCAACAGCAAUUACAACAAUUACAAUGUUCCCGUGACGUCAUACUCUUCCUACAACAGCGGAAACAAUUCCUACAGUUCUAAACAAUCUUCUAAUAAUUACAACAACACGACUUCUCAUUCCCAGUUCCCAGUCUCAGAGUCUACUACUACCCCUUCAUCCUCAGCUGCAGCAGCCAAGUUUGACACGAAUGUGACAGGAAGCGGAUACCCAACCAACAAUUUCGGUUUGGCCUCCAGUGUAUCCUCUAAGAUGAGCGUGAACUCCAGUGGGAGCAGCAAGAUGCUGCCUAAUCUCCCUCCUGGAGUAGCUAAUCUUAUCCCGCAGUACAUGAUUAAUGCAGGAGCCGGUGGAGGAUUUCCUGCCUACCUGACAGGUCUUCAGCAGCCUAUGUACGGGUAUGGAGGUGUAGGGGCGGGACCCCAGUUAGGAGGUGUGUCCGGUCAACAGCUUGAAGAUUUAGCAGCGCUGCAGCGCAGCACCCUGGCUAACCUACCCCAGUUGGUAGGUAGCGGGGCUCAGGGAACCAACAGCAAGGGGCCUUCCAAUCCCGGAUACUACGAUCCCAGCUCAGCAUUUGGAACCGGAUCCAGUCUUGCAAAUAGUAGGGGAGACGCAAACUCAUUCAGCGAGUCUAAUAAGUUCGGCCAGACGGCCGGCUCAGCUACAGACAGUACUUCGUCACCUGUGCCAAGCACAGUAGCCGCCGGUCAGCCUACUGCAUUCAACGCUCUAGCGUCGACUUUUGCUGCUGCUCCUACCCAGCUGCCCCCUGGAUACGCAUAUUUCUACGGAGGAAUGGCUCCUCAACUUCAAGCUGCGUAUGGUCAGACAGGCGUAUAUCCUACGCCUCAUCCAGGCAUUGUUCCAACAGCUGCUGGAGGCACUGCUACUACACAGUUCCAGAAGCAGUAUCCUUCAAGUUAUAACAACUACGAUUCUCUGUCUAUUGGACAGAACAGCUCGGAUUAUGGGAAAUCCAACUUCGCUACUCAGGCAGGACAGGGCAAAGCAAGCAACUCGAGCACUGCAGGACAUUGGUACGGAGGUGGUGCUCUGUGGUAAACUGAACACCUGGAUAAGCUAGGACAGAUCUAAACAAAGACCCGGAGUCCAACCCAUCUCUGGAUCCUUAUCUCCUGAUCAGAACUUCUGGUUUGAUCUGUCCCCCAGCUCUGCUGCUUUAUCUACCAUGACUACCAUUAUGGCAGAUCACAAUCUCCUGGGAUUUGUUCACCAUGAAUCCAACUAUGUUGGAUUAAUAAUCCUGACAUCUGGAACCCUUCCCCCCCCCGUCACCCUUUUUGUAUAAGAUUCUUGAAAUUGCGCUCUUUUAUAAACUAAAUGUCUAAAAUUAUAAAAAUGUUUAUAUUUGUCAUUUAGUUGCUUCUACCAAUAUUAAGAUAGUUGCAUUUUAAGACAUCAAGUAUGUACUUCGCAGGCUCACAUAUAUUCAGUAUAUUCAGUACAUAAACUGGUCACGCGAGUGUACACAAAGCCGUUGAGAACAUGUACACUGUGCAGAUAUAUUAGUUUUGUCGCGUGUUUGGUCAAACAAUGUGGAUUUAGAUUGGUCGGCUUUACUUUCAAGUUAAUUGAUAGAUUUAAAGUCUGGUCAUCUCUUUCACGUUUACAUUUCUUCAACAUUUAUUGAUUAAAAAUUAAAUAAUAAAAGUAGAUAAUUUCAAUUGUGUUUUUUUUUACUCGACUGUUCGGUUUACAUUUAUCCAAAUUAGUUACUCCUACUUUUCAACGGAUGUUGGGGCGCAUUAUUAUCCUUAUAUAUGUGUUGAAUUGUAUUAAUACUGUGGCAUUCGUAAUGUAAAUUUGAGGGAGCAACUGUAAAUUCAAUUAUAACUAUUUUAUAAACUUUUUACAGUUUUGCUCUUUUCAAAAUACCAAAAAUUAAGUGUUGAUCGUGAAGCAUAUGUACCCACCACGAUCAUUUUUAGUCUGUAGUUUACCCAACGGCAGAUAGGCUAACAGAAAAAAAUUGAAAAAUUAAAUGUUCUUUUGUGUAAAAAAAAUGUAAAACGUGGAAUUAAGCCACACCAAAACUAUCUGUCGUGAGGGUAGCAGGGUGCAGGAUUUGUUGUUGUUCUAAUGAUAAACUACUGGGUUGGGGACGUUAUACUAAUCACUUGUCUGUCUGCCCGGUCUAAUUACGACACGGCGUUGAUAUUACUUGUUCGCCUGCGCUCAAUUGAUCUAAAGCGAGCUUGUGAUCUUAUAUUUUACCGAUCAGACUAAAUUUAUUUUCUCUCAACCUGUAAUUGAUUCAUGCUGAAAACUACGUUAUUCUAGAUUAAAUACAUAUUGAUGCCACUA